GAGGAGGACAGGGGAGGACUGAGGGAGGACCAGAGGAGGACAGAGGAGGACAGAGGGAGAGAGGCGUCAGGGAACAGGAAGGAGGUUGACGUGUUUCCGCAGCUCACACCGGGGAAAGUAGUUUCCUGGAGCGGACACAGUUUGGACCAUUUCCACGCGAAAGUCCCGCAGUUCGUCCAGAAACCAUCGACAUGUCCGGGGCAGCUGCGGGGGACCGUCGGUUCGUCUGUGUCUGACCUGUCGGUGGCUGAAUGGAGGAGCUGUCAGAGGGGACGAUGAACACCGGGGACUCAGAGGUGAGCCUGCAGGCCCAGCUAGCCGAGUGCCGAGCUCAGGCCGAACACUGGCAGGGAGUGGCGACGAUCUGCGAGCUGAGCAAACAGGAGGAACUGGCAGAGCUGCAGAAACAAUGUGAUCAAGAGAUCCAGUCGCUGCAGGAGGCUCUCAGAGAGACAGCAGCACAGUAUGAGGCAAGGAUAGCGGUUCUCCAGUCUCAGCCUGUGGAGUGGAGGAGAACCAGUGGACAGAGCAUGAUGGGUGGAAGGAGAGGCAGGAUGGACUCUGAGGUCUCCAGUAACGAAUCCUCGACAUCGAACACCGGCAGGAUGACAGAGGCUGAGGCGAUGGCAUCGAUAGAGAGGACACGCGGCCAGCCGGCAGAGCUUGAAGCCUCGGCGGACAGUGAAGGGGCUCAGCUUACGGCAGAGGGUUACUUUUCACUGCGGCACUGCGACUCAGACUCGUUGUCCUCCUUCUCCUUGGACACGCCCUCCCUGCCCAGGAAACUCCACGCUCAGGAAGACACAGACUCACUGGUGUCCACAGGAACUUUGGUGCCCGAGGCCAUUUACCUGCCGCCUGCUGGACACCGCCUGGUCACACACAGCGACUGGGAUGCACUCAAUGCUCAGGUUUCAGAGCUGCGAGGGGAGGUGAGCCGGCUGGAGGCGGAGAAGGAGGAGCUGGAGAGAGAACUGGACAUGCAGACCAACCACACACACAAACAGGUGACAAUGCUCCAGUCUCAGGUGCAGACUUCCGAGGCCCUCCUCCUGGAUUUGCAGAAAUCUUUUAGCCAGUCACAGAAUGCGGUCCAGAGCCGGCUGGCGGAGUUGUCUUUUUCUCAGAGGAAGAUGUGCAACGAGCUGUCCAGACUGAAAGGAGACGAGGUUGAGGAUGAGGUGCCAGACCCUUCACUCCAAGCAACACUACAGGGGGCGCACUGUGAGGAGCGUCUUCGCAUUGAGAUUGUGAACUUGAGGGAGCAGCUGGACACUCGGACAGAGGAGAACGGUCUGUGGAUCACCACAUCCUUAUUUAAGCAGUUCUCUGUUUCCACUGUGACACAUGUUUUAUUCUGCUUUUUCUCACGCCCUCUCUGCCGCCACCUGCAUCUUCUGUCAUCAGAGCUUUUAGAAGUGCAGCUGUCCAGUCUGAAGACAGAGACAGAGAGGAUUCAGGCUCAGAGGGACCAGCUGCAGGCUGAACUGGCGGCCUGCCGCAAUGAACUGGACGCCCUACGGGUGGCGCUCUCUCAUGUGCAGAGCACCAACAAGGCUCUCGGCAAAGAUAAAGCGGCGCUGCACAAACAGUGUCUGGAGCUGAGAAGUCAAGCGAUCAGCCUGCGCUCACAGGUCGACACCAUCCAGACUGUGCAGAGGGACUUUGUCCAGCUCUCCCAGUCGCUGCAGGUGAAGCUUGAGGUGAUUCGACAGGCGGAGAGUCUGGAACAAGUCAGGGAAAUCCUGGAGGAGGGCGUCAGUGAAGCCGGCUCCUCGCCUGCAGACGCCUCGUGAGUUGUUCUGAAAGACACACUGGAACCAAAGACCAAAGACCACGGACCAAGAUGAAGUAUCUCCACAGUGACCAAUAAUGUUCCACUAACCACAUGAAACAGACAGUGUGGUAGAGUGGAGUCCUCCCAGCUGCUGGAGAUUCUCCUGAACAGAGACAUGAUGUUUCUUUUUUGUUUCAGACACAAUGGUUUUGUGCCGGUGACUCAAACUGUUGCUUAGUGACCAAAGUGAUCUGUGAUGAAUUCUGCAGUGACGCUGUUCAUUUAUCCCCCCCCCCCCCCCCCACAUGUUUCUUACUGUACUAAAACACAUGUAAAUAUUCUCUGUUUAUAAAACUGACUUCAGCUAAACACUCAACAGUUCAACACUGAACUUACUUAUAUGCAAACAACACAAUUAUUUUCACAUGCAAACAAUUUUUUUUUUUCCUUGGAGCUUGUAGAGAGACGAGGAGGACCUCUACAAUCACAUAUAUUAAAUAAUAAAUUCAAAAUAUACUCAUCUAAGUUAACUGCAUUUCAGAUAUGAUUUUUUUUUAAUUAUCUAUGAGUUUGUUGUCUUUUAAGCUUAGUAUUGUUUUAUGUUUCAGUUCUGUAGUACAGCCACAUCAUUUUGUCAUUUAGUCUUCAAACUGAGAAUGAGAAAUUAUGUAAAAAUCAAAUAAGAAAUGUGAAUGUUAACUUUGUCAUUUUUUUUAUUAAUACUGAAAACUAACGGCAGGUCUCCACUGCACACAGGGUCAUCUAAUUUAGAAACAGGAUUAUUGGAAGACUAAUAUGCAUAAUUGUUCAAAUGGAUAUUUUAAUAAACUAGGAUUGAUUAUACAGCG